AUGUUUGUUCGUGAGGAGCUUCCUUUUCGAUUUGUAGAAAGUCAAGGUUUCAAAGAAUAUUUAGCGGCUCUGCAACCAGGAUUCAACACUCUUUCACGUAUUACAUUGGCACGUGACAUCUUGAUGCUCUAUGAAACAAAGAAGGUUCAACUUCAAAAAUACUUUUCCAAAUACGGAGGAAGAGUUUGUCUUACAACUGAUAACUGGAGUUCGUGUCAGAAUAUGGCGUAUAUGUGUUUGACUGUUCAUUUCAUUGAUGUGGACUGGAAGUUGCAAAAGAAAAUACUAAAUUUUUGCCAAGUCACCGGCCACACGGGAGAGAUUAUGGCUCAAAAUGUUGAAGCUUGCUUGAAUAGCUGGAAGUUGAACAAGAUCUUGAGUUUGACAAUUGAUAAUGCAUCGUCUAACGAUGAUGGAUUGAAAGAAAUUGAUGAUUCGGUCGCCAAAAUUCGGGAUGCUGUGAAGUAUGUUAGAUCCUCAAAUUCAAGAUUAACUAGGUUCAAGGCAUGUAUUGCACAAGAGAAUAUUCCACAUAAGAGUCUUGUUUGCAUAGAUGUUGAAACGCGAUGGAACUCUACAUACUUAAUGUUAGUAGCAGCCUUAAAGCAUCAGAAGGUAUUUGAGCUAUUAGAGAUGCAAGACAAAAAAUUUGUUGAAGAAUUAAACAAGGGAAGAGGGAUACCUUCAAUUCAAGAUUGGGAUUAUGCUAAGUCCGUUUUACCAUUUUUAGAGAUAUUUUACGAUGCUACACUUCGCAUCUCUGGAUCCUCUUAUGUCACUAGUAACUUAUACAUGAAAGAAGUGUUUGCUCUUGGAAGGAGGAUUCAACAAUAUCGUGAUUAUGAUGAUUUGAGCAUAAGUCUUAUGGCAAGUAAGAUGAAAGCAAAAUACAACAAAUAUUGGGGAAAUGCAAAAACUAUUAACAUGUUGUUGUUAAUUGCCGUAGUUCUAGAUCCUUGCCAUAAGUUGGAUUAUGUUGAGUGGUGCCUAGUUAAUUCUUUUGGUGCGAAAGUGGGCGGUGAAUUGAAGGCAAAGUUGUCUUCUUGUCUUCAUUCACUUUAUAAUUUAUAUCAAGGUGCAGAUGAAGGAAACCAAGAUGAUACCCUCUCCCAACCGAGUCCAAGUGAUAAAGCCAAAGACAUUUAUGAUAUGGGGUUAUAUCGCCGAUCAACCGGUCGCAAAUCCAAUCUUAAAUCUGAGCUUGAUCGUUAUUUGAAUGAAAACUGUGAGCCAAAUGAUAAGCCUUUGGAUAUUCUAGGAUGGUGGAAGGUUAACUCGAAUAGAUUUUCCAUCCUAGCAAAUAUGGCACGGGACAUAUUGGCUAUACCAGUUUCAACAGUAGCUUCCGAGUCUACUUUUAGUAUGGGGGAAGAAUCAUCGAUCAAUAUCGUAGAUCAUUGA